AUUAAGAAGAGUGAAAAGAGAGAGAAUCAGGAGAAGGAAGAAGAAGAAGAAGGAAGAAACGAAAAUGGGAUACGUGUUGAGGGUAAGGUUGGCGUCUUUCUUCACCGGAGCAGCAACUGCGUCGUUAUUGGGUCUGUACGUCCUGUACAGGGAUUACAAAAUUGCCCACCAAGCCAUCUCUCAUAAGGUAGAAAAUGUUUACGAGUCCCUAGAUAGACGAAUCUCCACUCUGGAAAGUUUGAAAGAACCUGAAGUUCCUCAACAGGUGGAAGCAACAGAGCAGUAACUUGAAAGCAUGUGAUUUUCAGUUAACUUUAUGGGUUCAAGAAUGUUUUUCCUCUUGAAAUCCAAAUGCUCUCUCAGUAGCUUUUGGGUUUCUCUCUCUUCUUGCAACAAUAAUUACAAUUUCACUCAGCUGUAUCACUAUAUGAUAUACGCAAUUGGCUGACUCUGUUUACCCGAAGGACUUGUGUUUUCUCUUUAGUUAUCUGUGGAAAUUCCCAUUUCAUUUGAGAUUUUAGAAUUGAAGUUCAAAUCAUGUGUAUUUUUUUUUAACCUGUGUUUGCAGUCUGCUAAUGAUGAAGUUUUUCAUCCUACAAUAUAAUCUGAAGGAUCCAGGCUUUUGUUGA